GUUGAAUCUUCGAACGACAAAGACAGCCUAAGAAAGACUAUAAAUUCCAGUGACGGAGGUUUCGCCCUCAAAUCUGGUUUAUCGCUAUCUGAAUUUGUUGUCCCUAAUAAAGCGACCCGCCAAUUGUUCGCGGGUUCCAUUAAGGCACUCUAUUAUUGUCCACCAAUUCACGCGUCACGGAAACAUUCGUGGUUAACUUCCGCGUCGCUGCUGAAUUUUGUAACAGGACAAAGAGAUACUUGCGUCACUUAGUCUAACCAGCACACCUGGCCCUCGCCAAUUCCUUAUCUCCGGGAAAGGCACCAUGCACAAUACAAGGGCCGUUGCAAUUGUCGGCCAGCGGAAAUUGUUAAAAGGGAGGCAUGGUGGAGAAUCGAUGCCCUUUUUUGCACUGCCUGAGUGGCUUACGCUUCGACCAUGCCUUCCAGUUUGGCGGUACAAAACGCGCGCCAAAGCGCGCAAUUUCUGCCCAAUACAGGCUCAUUUUCUCAGUGGCCAGAGAAAAUGCUGAGAACAUAUUUAUGGGCGAUGGGUAUCGAGCCAGAAUCGACCAUCCCCGAAGACUUAUCGCUCAAUAACUUCAACUGCGGCCACAUCUCAUUCGCCACAUCCUCUACUCCAGCAAGCCCUACAAGCCCUUCAUUCGGAAUAGCGCACGGAAUGGCACAAAACUCAUUGUUCGUAUGCCUCAAGGAUGUUGGAUCAAUGCAUGCUUCUCAAAGGCACCCAUUUCUUAUAGCCCCUCGUCUACGGCACUCCGCUAGUUGCGACUUAGGACUACGGCCGUCACUCCCUACCUCGCCCCGACAGCCUCGUUUGAUACCACAGCGCUCCGCGUCUCCAUUAAGACCAGUGUAUGCAAUGAAGCAUACAGACGCAACGGCAGACACAAUACGACAGUCCUCGGAUAAAACCGCGAGAAAGCAGAAUGCACUAUUAAAACGUCCUCCAGUGUUGGAGGUCGUGCCUGCACCAACCAUUAUACUUUCUCCUCCGACCUCAUCGUGUACAAGCCCGCACACUUUCGCCUCGUCCAUUUCAGCAUCGAGUUCUGGAUAUCCUUCGCGACCUGCGUCAUCUGUAUCUGAUGACUGUGAUUCUACGUCUACUUUGUCUGAGUCGUCGUAUAGCAGCGGUCACAGGGAAGGGCGAAGCAAGUGCGCGUCGUACGCAAACAUAAUGGAGUCUUUCAGGGAGACACAUCCUAACGAACCACGUGCGCCCAGUCGGUUCGUUUCGGAAAUUGCGUUCGAUUCGGUAGCCCAAUCGCAGUCAGAUCAUAACUUCAUUGUUUUCGAUGAGUCGGAACACAGAGGUGGGUUGUCUCAGCUAACGCCCGGCUCCCACGGAUGGGUAUUUCCGUGCAGGAAAUCACUCGCAGAGAUUCUUGUAGCAUAUGCUCAGUACGGUUCAGAGAGUAGUCUAUUCGUGAGAAGAUGCGUAGGGUCACAAGCACGGUACCAAUAUCUUGGCAUCUACAGAAUUGUGAGGAAGAGCAUUCACAGUGACGGGGUGAACGAAGUCAAGACAAGGGAAAUGGCCUCCUCGUGGCCCGUUUUCCUCAAGUUCCUCUCUUAUGACUGGAAACUGUCCUCAUUCAUGGAGUCUGUCGACAAUAAGUCAUGCCCACAAGGCAGACGGAAUGAAAAUCUUACAGACAGCUUCCACACUGGCUCUUUCCAACAGCAAGUGAGAAGAAAAUCGAGUCGGGCACAUGUACGGAUCGUUACUGUAGAUGGCAUGGACUUUGAAAUGACACCAUCACCUAUUGCUUGGGAUCAUGGGUCAUUUCGAGACGCUUGAUUAGUUGAUACCUGAAUGGAUACUUUUUUGUUACUUCACAUUUUUUAAAAUAUUUCGAAAUUCGUAGACACACCAGUGCUUC